UAUAUAUUAAUAAAUAUAUUUUUCACCUUCUAUUAAAUAAAAGUCAGUAUCGUACCCAGUAAUCCCUAGCAAUGUAGAUUGAAAAUUACUUCUUUAUGUAUUAAUAUCAUUGUUUCUGAAACAAUUAUAUUCAUCUUGUGGUAUAUGUAUUUACAUAUGUCAAAUGACCUAAGGACUAUAACAUUGGAUGAAUAUCCAUCUCUCUUAGGUGAUCGAUUGAACUUUAAUGUAUAUUAAAUCUUUAUCAUUCGUAGUCUAUAGGAUCCUAACCUAUUGAAAAAGGUGAAUGAAGGAUGAAAGUUAAAUUGAAUUUAUUCGUUUAUUUCAUAAAUAAAUAUUUCAAUUACAAUAAUGUGAUAUAUUAUUCGCAAUCGAAAACUCUGUUUGAUAAGACGGAGAUUAAUUUUAAAAAUUGGGAGGAAGAGCUAGAGAGAACGAUGCAAGUUCUCCCAAAUUUUAUCACAGUUGACGAAGAAAAGUCAUUAAUGGAAGAAAUUGAUCCUUAUGUGAGGAGACUAAAAUAUGAACAGUCGCAUUGGGAUGAUGCAAUACAUAAUUAUAGAGAAACGGAAAAAGGCAAAUGGAACAAUGAUAAUACAAAGAUAAUAAAUAGAAUUCGAGAGAAAGCAUUUUCUAAAGAUAUGUCUCAGAUUUCACUGAUACAUAUUUUAGACUUAGCACCAGAAGGAUGGAUAAAGCCACAUGUUGAUAGCAUUAGAUUCUGUGGAGAGAUUAUUGCUGGUUUAAGUUUAUUAACUGAUAGCGUAAUGAGACUAAAAAUGGUUGAUAAUGUAACUUUAUAUAAAGAUUUUCUAUUACCAAGAAGAUCUCUAUAUAUAAUGAGGCUAGUAUGCAGAAAGAUCAUUAAAAAUGGCAGUACAGGAAAUAGUUCAAUUUUGGCAUUUGUAACAUGUUAUACAUCAUGUGUCUUGUGGAUGAGAUACGGUAUGCUUAUUGGAGAUCGAUUUAUAUUGUUAGUGAAUGUUUUUGGCUCCAUACUCCAAGCAUCUUAUGUUUACAUAUUUAUUUUGUAUAGUGUACAAAAAUUUAAACCAAUAAAACAAAUGAUUGCAGCAACUUGCUUCCUUGGAGUUGUGUACUUUUAUAGUUUUUAUGAGGAAGACAGAGCAUUAGCUGCAAAAUAUGUUGGUUUCCUUAGUUGUAUAUUAACAGUAUUAUUUUUUGCAUCUCCAUUAAUGAUGUUGGCACAUGUGAUAAGAGUUAAAAGUACAGAAAGUUUACCAUUUCCCAUUAUCAUGGCUUCUUUAAUAGUUUCUUGUCAGUGGUUUGCAUAUGGUUGCCUUCUUAAUGAUCGAUUCAUACAAAUACCAAAUUUCUUAGGCUGUGUAUUAUCUGCAUUUCAACUUUGUUUCUUUUUAGUUUAUCAUAACGAUAAAUCUAAUGAGACUUACUUAAUAUAAUAUUAACAAAUAUAUGUCACGUAUUAUGUACUGUAAACAAAUAAAUAUAUUUUUUAACAUAUUGAUCAUAAAUUAAAAUACAUGAUUUGUACUCUCAAAGAGAAAUAUAUUUUUGAAAUAA